AUGCGUCAUGCAUUUUCGUCCACAAGCAACUGCUGUAACAAUGCAUUCAAAGCCGUGCGAUCUAAUCAUAUACAAUGCCUCACACAUAUGAAUAAGAGUGAUUUGGAACAACGCGACAUCAGUGGACAAACACCGCUUCAUGUAGCCGCUAAACUUGGCUUUUUGCAGGCUAUCGAUUUACUACAACACGAAGCACCAGAAACACAGGAUGCUGUAUCAGUAUUUGGAGAAAAUCCGGCCCUCGUUGCCGCAGGUGAAGGACAGACAUCAAGUGUUGAAUUAUUAUUCAGUGGAAAUUCGAAAUAUGCUUUAACCCGGGCACAGCAGCGGGAUGUCAAUGGUACCACAGUUUUAAUGGCUGCUGUUGCACGAGGAAAUAAUGACUUGGCUCUAUGGCUUCUGAGACGUUUCGGAAAGAAAUUGGCAAUGUUACCCAACAACUUCCGUAUGCUACCGCUGCAUGUCGCUGCUGCGAAAGGUAUGUGA